GCUGCGUGUGGAGUACAAGUCUGCAUGCAGGGGAAGCCUUACGUUUUGUUCGUCAACAACAGGUUGCUUCAUUGCAAGUAUAUGUGAUGAAUUGCAACGUCCGACUACUUUGAUCUAACAUCAUAACUCACAAUUCGAUCCUUCCACCUCUUGCUCUGAGUUCGAAUACGCCAUGGCUUCUGGAGGUGGAUGGGCGCAAUUGCGCCAACAAAUCAGGACACUCGAAAGCCAGACUGAAGCCUUAUUCCACACGUAUUCCCAAUAUGCAGCCACGGCCAACCUCCCUCCCGAGCCGUCAGAAGAAGAAGAACGGAACGAGUCUGAGAUCGAGGAGUUAUUGGAAAAGCGUGAAAGCCUCGUGGCACAACUCUCCCGACUGCUCGACUCAGAAAGUGCCUUGAGCACAUCUACACUGAAACAGAACAACCUCUCUCGUCACCGCGAAGUCCUCAGCGAACAUCGACAGGAACUUCGUCGUCUGAAAUCCUCUAUAUCCGAAGCACGCGAUCGGCAGCACCUUCUCGCCAAUGUCCGCUCUGACAUUGACGCUUUUCGAAGCUCCAACCCCGCUGAAGCGGAAGCAGAAUACAUGCUCCAGGAACGAGGCCGCCUGGAUCAAAGUCAUAGCGUGAUCGACGGCGUGUUGGCCCAGGCAUACGCUAUCAACGAGAACUUUGGCAUUCAGAGAGAGACAUUGGCCAGUGUCAACCGACGAAUCACGUCGGCAGCAGCACAGAUUCCGGGCGUCAAUGGACUGAUAUCGAGAAUAGGAACUAAGAGACGGAGGGAUGGAAUCAUUCUGGGCAGUUUCAUCGCAUUUUGCUUCCUUGUGCUGCUUUACUUUAGCUGAGGAGACAUACACGGCGGCAGCGGUGAGGUGAGACGUUUGAUAUUGGCCACACCUCUCUCUGUCGUUGUGACAGGUCACUCAGCAGCAUGGUGCCACAUGGAGAAUCAGGCCGGCAGAUGCCACUGGUGACGAGGGCA